AGUCAGAAAAAAAGAAGGAUGAGUAUUAAAGAGGGUAAUGGUAUAGUCAAAAAAGAGAUUGGUGCAAAUUUAAUUAUACACGACAAACAAAAUAGAUGUUUGCUUAAAGAUGGUGAUUAUGAUUGUCUUGUAGAAGAAAUUAGUGGUGAAAGUCCCAAUUUAGCUACUGGAAAAUCAUGUUCAUGGGAACGCCUCAAAGAAGUAAGAGCUGGACCACAAUUUAGUGCAUUUGAAACUCGUAAAAAGAUCAAGUUACGUUUAAAGUGGUCAACAGAGCCUAAUAGUACUGCUAUUGUUUAUCCUCUUGUUGAUAAUAAAGAAAAUAAUUGGCCAACAUCAAAUUCAAGAAGAAGUAGCAGUGUUCAAAAUGCAAAUGGUUCUCUAGAUUCGUCAUCCAAUAAGUUGAAAAUAGUAUACCAAUUCUUAUAUAACAAUAAUAGCCGUCAACAGACUGAAGCUAGUGAAGAUUUACACUGCCCAUGGUGCACAUUGGAUUGUUUUACAUUAUAUGCAUUACUUAAGCAUUUGAAAUUAUGUCAUGCUCGCUUUACAUUUUCUUAUGUUCCAACAGGAUCUGGUGCAAGAAUUGACGUUGCAAUAAAUGAGCACUAUGAUGGUUGUUACAUUGGUAGUCCACAAGAUUUAAUUGCGCAACCACAAAGAGAUGAAUCAAAAAAUGUUGGUUAUCGUAUUACUAGAGUUGGUCCUGUUAGACGUGCAGUUGUAUCAAAAAUAGUAGUUUGUCACCCAAAACGACUCAGGCGUGCUUCGUUGUCUGAGUUUCUACAUGAACUAGAAGAUACUGAUGGAUAUGAUGGUCAAAGGCCAUAUGUUACUGGACAUAAUAGAUUAUAUCAUCACACAUCAACAUGUCUUCCUAUUUAUCCACGAGAAAUGGAUGUAGAUAGUGAAGAUGAAAGUGAUCCUAUUUGGUUGAGGAAAAAGACUGCAAUGAUGAUUGAUGAAUUCACAGAUGUUAAUGAUGGCGAAAAAGAACUGAUGAAGAUGUGGAAUUUGCAUGUUAUGAAAGAGGGAUUUGUUGGUGAUUGCCAAAUAUCAUUAGCUUUAAGCAUGUUUGUUGAAUCUAAAGGUCGAUAUAUACUCAGGAAUAAUUUAUAUAGAAAUUUUAUGUUACAUCUUUGCAACUUAUGUGAUUUACGUCUUAUAAGUCCAGUAACCUUUUAUACGACCAUACAAAAAUUACAAGAUAUUUUAGCUAUUGAUUCAGAAGCUAGUAAUGUUUUGUAUGAAUCUUUUGAAGCACAGCGGAAAUAUUGGCGUGAAGAAGGUGCUAAAAAGGCAGAAGAUCGUACUGAAAUUAGAUGUUUGGUACAAAGUCCAUUACAAUCAGAUAUUGGUACCAGACGUAAGCCUGCUGGAUCAUUUUACCCAUUAAAACUCCAAGAUAAAUUAAAAGGGAAAGUAAUUAAACAACAAAAUGGUCGUAAAGGAGGAAAUUCGACAAGACAAAAUCCUCCUGCUACUAAGAAUGCAAACAUUAUUGAAGAAAAGAGACUUGAUAAAAAAAGUGACAAAAAAGGAGGGUCUACAACAAGAUCUCAAUCUGCUGUGCGAACUGAUAAGUCAGAAAAACCAGUAGAAAAACGAAAUAGCUCAUCUUUGAAUGGUGAAGAUCAUAAGAUAUCUGCAACUCUCACAGUGCGACGUAGGACUUUCCCUAUAUUGACUGAUAAGAAAAAACCAGUUCCUGAAAAAUUGCCGACUAAUGUGUCUGAAUCUGUAAGGCGAAAGUAAAUAGGUAAUUAUUGUUGUGAUAAUUUCGACAAAAAUUGUUAUAAAAUUAAACAAAUUUCCCAAGUUUAAAAUGAGUUAUUCACUACUGUCAUAAAUAUUCUGUAAGUUUAGAUGUAAAAAGACGUAUAAAAUGUUUUUAUUUUUGUGAUCAUAAAGUUUGGUUUUAUUAUUUUUAAUCUUUGUACAGUGGAUAAAAAAAUCUAAUGAUUUGGUCUUAUAAUUAAGAUUGUUAAACAUUUUCAUACUAGUUACACCAAAAAUGUUUUGAAAUAGUUGUAUUAUACAUUAAAGGAGUUCU